AUAUGGUGCUGUUGGCACAUUAGUAUCAAAAAAAGGCAAUUGUUGUGAUUUAUCUCAUUUAAUCGUUGCUUUGUGUCGUGCUAAAAAAAUACCUGCUCGUUAUUGGCAUGGGAACUGUAAAUUUUCUAAGAUAACUACCGGACAUGUUGUUUCUCAAGCAUACGUCGGUGGUAAAUGGGUUAGUUUGGAUGCAACCAAUAACAGCAACCAGUACGGUCAGAUUGGGGGGAAAGAUCUUAUAAAGUGGUUAAAUGGUAAAAAUACAAAACGUGUUUGGAGAUAUAAAAAAAGGCAAACAAGACAAUGCCAUAUACCAACUACACUAUGGAAGACAAAUAAGGCGUAUGCUGUAUUAUGGGUUAAUUCUUUAACAUCUCCUGAAAAGACAAACUUAAAAAAAUAUUAUUCUAAAUCAUAUCAAUCAUGGAAGCCCGGACAACCUUCUACUUGGUACAAUUGGGCUAAAACUUUCAUAAUGAAAAAGCCUGAAUUGAAUUUAUCUGCUGCUUCUCCUUAUACAUAUUUUAUUAAUCAUCCUGCUAUUCUUAAAAUUGAGGAGUUAGAUGAUUCCGGGGUUGUUGUUUACACUUCAAACAAUUUAAGUAACAUUACUGCAAUGGUUUUCAAAGAUCAUUUUUCUAAAGAUCCUAAUACUGAUACGGUAUCUUUGCGUGUAACAACCUUGCCUGGUAUCGUAUUUGAAUAUGAUUUAGAUGUACCACAACCAAUAAUAAUUAAGGCGUUUGGUAGUGGAUUAAUAGAUUGGCCUAAUGAUGACAUAAGGUUAAUUUUUGUUGAUCUUGAUGUUUAUACUCCUGAUUUUGAAAAUGAUGAGUUUGUUUCGGAUCUUCCUUCUGGAAGUAAACUUUAUACACUUACCGAAUCCCUAUCUAAUAAAAAUUGUACUCUUGGAGUGUUUGAUGCUGAUGACGUAACCAUUGAAUCUUUGACUGUUGCAGAUGUUGGUGCUAUUGUUGCUUAUUUACAUACCGGUGAAGAUUCUACCUCUCGUUUACUUUUUUAUAUUGAUGAUGCUACUAACUUACCUUUUACUUCUAAUGGUGAUAACGUUGUAGUUCAUUGGCCUACUGGUUGUGGUUAUAUGGUUACUGGAAGUGGAACAUCUGGCGACCCAUUUGUGCUGUCAACAUUUUCAGAUUUAGAAUUAAUAGGAACAACAGGAUAUGCCUUAUCCGCAUACUACAAAUUAGGGGCAAACAUUGAUGCGUCUGCUACUGCUGACCCUUCCUAUAAUGGUGGUGCUGGAUGGCUGCCAAUAGGAAUUAGCGGAACUCCAUUUUCUGGCUAUUUUGACGGCAACGGAUAUACUAUAUCUAAUUUGUAUAUUAACAGACCUACAACAAAUAAUGUUGGGUUUAUAGGUUAUUUUACAGGAAAUUCAAAAUAUUUAAAAAACUUAAACAUUACCAACGCCAACAUUAUUGGACAAGAAAACGCCGGAAUAUUAAUUGGUUAUUUUACUUGUAGCCAUACGGAAACAGGGCUUGAAAUCAGUGAUUGCAUUAGCGGUGGAAAUAUUACCGGAAGUAUCUCAACUGGAGGAAUUAUAGGAAAUAUUAGGCGAGGAAGCAUAAAUAGGUGUUCAUCUAACGCAGAUAUAACUGGCGGUCAGAAUGUGGGUGGAAUUAUUGGUAAAGGAGGAGAAAGAUAUUAUUCAGUUGAUUUAAGAGUAACAAUAACUUAUCCAUCUUAUAGAGGAACAAUAACUGCUACAGGAGAUACAAUUGGAAUGAUUGCAGGUUAUGGUGGCUGUAUUACUGUUACAGAUACAAAUAUAUCAACAGCAACCCUUAAU